AUGGGCCAAUACGGCUACCUGAUACCGGAUCGAUAUGUCCGGGAAGUCCCAAAUGAAGUCGAUAUGAAUACGGCCAGCAUCUUCUGGGGCUUUUCUCUCUGCGCUGCGGUUUUCACGUUGGCAAAAGGCACGCAGCAGAGUUGGCGCGCAUGGAAGAGGCGUCAUCGUGCCACGGCCUAUGUGGGAAUGAUUUGGGUGGUUUGGCUGAGUAGUAUGGUUCUUGGAUGUUUGGCUUGGGGAUUCCAACGACAGUAUAUCGCACCCAGCUUUGGGUUUUAUUUCUCGGUUGCAUUAUUCUGGGCACUGCAGGUCCAGUUUCUACUUCAAAUCAUCAUCAACCGAAUCGGUCUAUUAAUGGUCUCCAAGGCUCGCGCUAUCCGCCUGAAAUGGACCGUAUUUCUGAUAAUAUUGCUGGUUAAUAUCAGCGUCUUUGUUAUUUGGAUGCCAGCACGUCUUCAAAUUAAUGAUCGAUGGAUUCGGUUAAAUUCUAUCUGGGACCGAUGCGAAAAGGUUAUUUUUGCUGUCGUUGAUGGUGCUUUGAACGGCUACUUUAUCUACUUGGUCCGGUCACGUCUUAUCGAAAAUGGAUUGACCAAGUAUAUCCCACUGUAUCGGAUGAAUCUGGGACUUAUCGGUUUGUCUCUAUCAUUGGAUAUUGUUCUGGUUGGACUCAUGUCCUUGCCAAGUAGCUUGGUCUACCUCUCAUUCCAUCCUGUCGCUUACCUCUUGAAACUCCAAAUCGAGAUGAAAAUGGCCGAACUCAUCACAAAGAUUGUCCGCUCUUCGGGUACCCGUGGCUCAGACGAGGGGUACUACCACAGUUCCAACAUAACAAACACAAACCAGAGACCGAUGACAUCCACUGCUAAAGCCAAGCCCGACAGACCGUUGACGGGGAUGCACGGGGCGAUGCGUGGUAGAAACACAACACUCAUAGAAGGUGGUGAUCUGGGUGAACUGGAAAGCUCGCUAGAGUCGGCGCGAAAUGGACGCGAUAAUAUGAGUGGCAUCGUCAGGACGAUAGAGACGACGGUGAACAGCUUGCCAGCGCACGUCGUGGAGCCGAGUUCGCCCACCGAGGCCAAGCAUACGCGCGACUACCAGACAGUAAGUCUCGAAUUCAUACGACAUCUUCAGCGACAGGUCACUGACGUCGAUGCUUUUCCUCUGCAGAAAAAGCCCACAUUUUCCCAAAUCACCAAAUCAAUCAAAAUGGCCGGCUACAACAACAACCGUGGUGCCCUUCGGGGCGGUAGAGGUCGCGGCGAUUCCCGUCGUUCGCGCCGUCACCAUCCUUACAGUAACAACAACCAGCCCUCGCGGGCAUUCCCUCGCCCGGGAUCAAAGGCCGAAGCAACGGAGAAGAAGGCCUACUGGCGCCAACAGGCUGCCAUCCAUCAUCAAAAGAUGGAGGAGCAGAAACAGCUCUUCCGUAAUGCCUGCAAGAAGAUCGCCGAGUGGGAGAUGAAGGAGAAGGAAGCCGAAAAGGCCGAGAAGGAGGAGGAUGACAAGAAGGACCAGUAG